AUGAAGGUGAUUUACAUAGCGCCACUUAAAGCUCUGGUGCGAGAGAGGAUGGAGGACUGGGGCAAGAACUUCAUGCCAAAGCUCGGCAAGUGCAUGGUGGAACUAACAGGGGAUCUCACACCAGACAUGAAGCUGCUGGUGGCGGCUGAUGUGAUCGUGGCAACUCCAGAGAAGUGGGACGGCAUCACUCGCAGCUGGCACAACCGAUCAUAUGCGCAGACGGUGGGGUUGAUGGUGAUGGACGAGAUUCACCUGCUGGGGCAGGACAGAGGGCCAGUACUGGAGGUGAUUGUAUCGAGGAUGAGAUACAUCUCUGCCCGCACCGCCCGCCCCAUCCGCUUCCUCGGCCUCUCCACUGCUCUCGCCAAUGCCAGGGACCUGGCUGACUGGCUGGGGAUUGAGAGAGUCGGUCUCUUCAACUUCAAGCCCAGCGUGCGCCCCGUGCCGCUGGACGUGCACAUCCAAGGCUACCCGGGCAAGUUCUACUGCCCGCGCAUGAACGCCAUGAACAAGCCGCUCUAUGCCGCCAUCCUCUCGCACUCGCCUGUGAAGCCUGUGCUCGUUUUCGUCUCGUCCCGGCGCCAGACCCGGCUGACAGCGCUCGAUCUCAUUCAAUACGCAGCAGCAGACGAGCGGCCGCGGCAGUUUGUGCACGCGAGUGAGGAGGAGAUGGAGGCGCAUGUAUCCAUGGCAUCGUCAGCAGAGCUGAAGCACACGUUGCAGUUUGGCAUAGGGCUGCACCACGCUGGGCUCACCCAGGGGGACCGAUCGCUGGUGGAGACCCUCUUUGCCGAGAGGAAGAUCCAGGUGCUCGUGUGUACAUCCACACUAGCUUGGGGUGUGAAUUUACCAGCCCAUCUAGUGGUGGUGAAGGGAACGGAGUAUUUCGAUGGGAAGCAGAAGCGGUAUGUGGAGAUGCCAAUCACAGACGUGCUGCAGAUGAUGGGGCGCGCGGGGCGGCCGCAGUUCGACAACGAAGCUAAGGCGGUGAUUCUCGUGCACGAGCCCAAGAAGAGCUUCUAUAAGAAGUUCCUGUACGAGCCGUUCCCAGUGGAGUCCUCGCUGCACCUGGUGCUGCACGACCAUCUGAACGCGGAGGUGGCGGGGGGCAGCAUAGCCAGCGUGCAGGAUGCCAUGGACUACCUCACCUGGACCUUCUUCUUCCGCCGCCUCCUCUGCAACCCCUCCUUCUACGGUCUUUCCGACACCAGCGCUGAGUCUGUCAACGUUUUCCUCUCAGAUCUCGUCAGCCGCACUCUCUCUGACCUGGAUGCUGCUGGCUGCAUUGCGCUGCAUGAGGACGGCAGUGUGGAUCCGCUGCCGCCCGGCCUGAUUGCGUCGCAGUACUACCUGCACUUCACCACCGCCGCACUGUUCACCGCCAAUCUCACUUCGCCGCCCGCUGUGGCGGCAGUGACACUAGAGACGGUGCUGCAUGUGCUGUGUGGGGCGGCAGAGUUCGACGAGCUGCCAGUCAGGCACAAUGAGGAGUUUGUGAACGCAGAGCUGGCAAAGCAUGUGCGCUGGAAGGUGGACCAUCGCACCUACGACGACCCGCACACCAAGACCAACUUGCUGCUCCAGGCGCACUUCUCCCGCCUGGCCAUGCCAAUGAGUGACUACGAGACGGAUCUCAAGAGUGUGCUGGAUCAGACCAUGCGAGUGCUGCAGGCCAUGAUUGACACCGCUGCUACAGCCGGCCAGCUACAGCCUGCUCUGCUCACCAUGCGCCUCACACAGAUGGUCAUCCAGGCUGUCUGGUGCGACCUUGGCUCGCCCAUAGCCAUGCUGCCACAUGUCACGUCCUCAUUGGAGGACGCCCUGACAGCUGCCAGGCUGGCAUCGCUAUCCGCCCUGCUGUCCGCCUCGCCACAUCACCUCCGCCAGCUCCUCUCCUCCCACCUCUCGCCUGCCGCUCGUGCCGACCUCCUUCAGGCUCUGGGGAUGCUGCCUAGAGUGUCCAUGUCAGUGCGAGUGCUCUCCACGGGCACAGCGGAUGGGGAGAAGACACCUGCAAAGUCCGCAGCUGCAGCAACAGCAGCAGUGGUGGUGGAGGUAUCGCUUCGCCGCGCGCGGCCGCACCAGCCACACUCUCUGCGUGCCUACACGCCCUUCUUCCCCAAGGUGAAGGAGGAGGGGUGGUGGGUGGUGGUAGCAGCAGCAGACUCCCCCACCCUGCUCGCUCUCAAACGUGUCUCCUUCACACACCGACUCACCACCCGCCUGCACGUGCCCGAGCUGCAAUCGUCAGUGAAGCAGCUGGCAGUCCAUCUCAUCUCUGACUGCUAUGUCAGCCUGGAUCAGCAAGUGACCGUGCCAACAAAUGCUGGUGCUGUUACUGCGCAAGGGACAAUCGGGAAGUAUGUGAUCGAGAAUGUGGGGUUUGUUACAGCGGCAGCUGCUGCUGCUGGGGGGGAGAAGAAGGGGAAUGGGCUGGGAGGAGGUGAAGGCGUGAUUGAAGGCCGUCAGGAUGGGGUAAACUCAUCUGGAGGGGCAGGAGAAGGUGCUGAUGGGGUGGGAAGCAGUGAGGGGGGUGUUGCUGAGGAGGAGGAAGAUGAGUUCUUUGAAGCAGAAGGAUAG